AUGCGGGCGUUUCGUUCCUUAACCAGCCUCUUCCGGAGAAAUGUGUCCCAGGAAGUACUAGCUCCCAAUACAGCUAACUCUAAGCUCCCAAGUUCCCCCCUCCAGCAACCGAUAGUAUGGAUAGACUGCGAGAUGACAGGUCUUGAUAUCUACAAUGACCAUAUCGUGGAAAUAUGUUGUAUUAUUACAGACCAAAAUCUUGAGGUGGUUGACGAAGGAUAUGAGUCAGUGAUUCAUUACGAUAAUGAUGUGAUGAGUAAGAUGAACGAAUGGUGCAUAGAACAUCAUGGAACGAGUGGUCUGACAAAGAAAGUUCUUGAAUCUACUAAAACUUUACCGCAGGUCGAGUCAGAACUUCUGAGCUAUAUUUCCCAGCAUAUCGAACCAAACACUGGUGUCAUGGCUGGAAACUCGAUCCAUAUGGAUAAAUUUUUUAUGUACAGAGAAUUUCCCAAAGUUAUCGACUAUUUGUUUUAUCGUCUGAUAGACGUCAGUACGAUCUAUGAGGUAUGCAAGAGGCACAACCCAGCUCUUUUGAGAACUGCACCAAGGAAAAAGGCAGCACAUACUGCCAAGGCUGACAUUUUGGAGAGUAUUCAACAGCUCAAGUGGUUUCAGACUCAUUAUUUGAAGAGCGGCUAA